GGCGGGAGCGGCGGCUGCGCCGGGAGGGCCCCGGGGAGGCCUCGGGAGCCCCGGGAGAACCGGAGCGAGCCCGAAGCCAUCCCCGGAGCCCCGAGCCGAGCCCCGGAGCCAGCGCUGAGGCCUGAGCCGCGUCCCGGAUCCCGUCAGAAGCCCCGACCCGACCCUCGGAGCCCCGAACCGGCCCCGGAGCCUCAGCCCGGUCCCCGGAGCUUCGCCGCCGCCGCCGCCUCCUCUCCGAGCUCCGGUCGCUGCCGGUUCCCAGCUCCCGUUCCCCCAUCCCGGUUCCCUCCCUGAGCCCCGAACCGGGCGCUCCUCCCCGUCCCAGCUCCGUCCGGGUCCCCGUUAGCCCCUUCCCCCUUCCCGGUUCCCGUUCCCCCAUCGCGGUUCCCGUUCCCCAUCCCGUUCCCUCUCUGAGCCCCCGUUCCCGGCCGUUCCCCCAUCCCAUUCCCGGUUUAUCCCCUGUUCCCCCCGUUCCCCCCGUUAUCCCGUUACCCCCGUCACCCCCGUUACCCCUUUACUCCUAUAAUCCCGGUUAUCCCGGUUACUCUGUUACCCCCGUUACCCCUCUAUCCCCGAUACCCCCAUUAUCCCCGUUACCCCGGUUAUCCCGGUUACCCCGUUAUCCGCCGUUACCCCCAUUAUCCCGUUACCCCGUUAGCCCCGUUAUCCCGGUUCUCUAGGCCGCGCGUUGCUAAGCAACGCGUCGCGCCCUGACGCAGCCUCCAGUUGCGGUCGCUUAGCAACGCGUCGCGCUGCUGACGUCACUUCCUCCUUCCUCCUCCCUCGGCGCCGCCAUCAUGGCGGCCGUGUCGGUGUUCCCGUCCCCGGGCGAGCUCGGCGCGGCCCUGGCGCGCUCGGUGGCGGAGGCGGCGGCCGAGGCGGUGGCGAGCGGCGGCCGCUUCACGCUGGGGCUGUCCGGGGGCUCGCUGGUGCCGCUGCUGGCGCGGGAGCUGCCGCCCGCCCUCAGCGCCGUGGCGGGCUCCGAGCCGAGCCGCUGGCUCGUGGCGUUCUGCGAUGAGCGCCUCGUGCCGCCCGAGCACCCCGAGAGCACCGGCGGCGCGUACCGGUCCCAGCUGCUGUCCCAGUUCGCCGCCCCCCCCCAGGUGCUCUGGGUCCGCUCUGAGCUGGGCCCGGCCGAGGCCGCCCGGGACUACGAGGAGCAGCUCAGGAAGGCGUUCCCAGGCGAGGAGCCGCCCCGCUUUGACCUGCUGCUGCUGGGGGUGGGGCCGGACGGUCACACGUGCUCGCUGUUCCCGGGCCACGCCCUGCUCCAGGUGAGCCCC